GGCUUAACGAGGUUCACUUGUGCCCCGCAUGGCGGCCAGCUGGGCCGGGGGGGCCCCGCGGCGCGGGCGGCAGCUGAUAGCGUAUAACCGGGGGCGAGCGAGGAAGGGAUGAGGGUAGUGCUGCUCCUCCUGUCCCGCCCCGCCAGCCCGUAGCCAGCGUCUCUUCCUCCCGUCUGCCCAGGCCCCGGCUGCCGCGCCGCCCCGCCCCGCCGAUGGAGCUGGAGGCGCAGUGGUGGACAGGACAGCUGGCUGCAGACAUCCACCAAGCGCUUCGCUACAAGGAGCUGAAGCUGCCCUCCUACAAAGGCCAAUCUCCCCAGUUACAUCUGAGAAGAUACUUUGCAGAUCUGAUUGCCAUUGUGAGCAAUCGGUUCAGACUCUGUCCUGCUGCACGACAUCUGGCUGUGUAUCUGUUGGACCUCUUUAUGGAUCGUUAUGACAUAUCUGUACAGCAGCUGCAUGUGGUUGCUCUUUCCUGUUUACUUUUAGCAAGUAAAUUUGAAGAAAAGGAAGACAGCGUUCCCAAACUGGAACAGUUGAACAGCUUGGGUUGUAUGACUAACAUGAAUUUGGUACUAACAAAACAGAACUUGCUUCAUAUGGAGUUGCUGUUGCUAGAAACAUUUCAGUGGAAUUUGUGCCUCCCAACUGCUGCUCAUUUCAUCGAUUAUUAUCUUUCUAUUGCUGUCCAUGAGACUGAUCUUCAUGAUGGAUGGCCAAUGGUUUGCUUAGAAAAGACUAAGUUAUAUAUGGCGAAAUACGCCGAUUACUUUCUGGAAGUAUCACUGCAAGAUCACGUGUUUUUAAAUUAUGCCCCUUCUUUAGUUGCUACUGCAUGUGUAGCUUCUUCGAGGAUUAUCUUGCGUCUCUCACCCACGUGGCCCACGCGGCUCCAUCACCUCACUGCGUAUUCUUGGGAUUUCCUCGUGCCCUGCAUCGAGCGACUACUAAUUGCACACGACAAUGAUGUGAAGGAAGCAAACAAGCAAAAAGGACAACAUGCUCAGUCUGCUCAACACAUUGUAUUUCAGACCCCAGCUCCAGCUGCCCAGCAGGCUAAUGCUCAACAGCACGUAACACAGUAUCUCCAAGCUCAUCAAUCUUCAUUACAGUAUCACCAUCAGACAUCACAGCAGCAAAACUGUCAGCAGAUAUCAUCUAAUCACACAGCAUCUUGCCCCCUUCAGACUUGCCCUUCUGCCUUACAGUCUAGUGUUCAGGGUCGAGGCCAUGUACAGACUGGUGCUGCCAUGUCACUAACUGUUCCACUAGAAGUGAAGCCAUGUGUAAGUGUCUCCUACAAUCGGAGUUACCAGGUGAAUGGACGGUAUUCCUGUGUUACUCCCUGCUUUGAGAGGUGAUAAAUACAAGAUGGUUUUGUGCUUGUAUUUUUGAGGUAGGAGGUUGAGGGGACUUGUUUUGUUUUUUUGUCGAACCUCAUAUAAUUUUGAGGGAAACAAAUUGAAUAAAAAGUGUCAUUCUGGGAGGAAAAAAGCAACUGGAUUGGCACCCAUUGCUGUAGCUCAAAUACAGACUGCAAAAGUAAGGACACAGAAUGCCCUCUGAAAAGAAUAUUUAUACCUGGGGGUAAUAGUGGUAAUAAUAACUCCUUACUCUGGCACUCAGAAUACUCUGUGCUUAUAAUGCACGUCUUUAAAUACUAGUCAAAAAGAAAAAUAGCUGUGGCCUCACUACAGACAUGCCUUUCAAUGAAGGAGAUAUGCAGUAUUAUUUUGAAGACAUUUAUGUAAUACCACCAUACAGUAUUAAAACAUACUUUAAAUGUACUGAAACUUAAGAAUCCGUUAAACGCCAGACUUUUCCAGAUAUCUGGGAAUCACAGAAAGAAACAAAUCUCAUCUGGUUAACUCCAUACUCUUGCCCCUUUGUCAAGCACUUGUGCUGGAUGUUUGCUUUAGGCUAAGGCGUUUGAGUUAACAGCUAGCUUUUAAGUUUUGUAUCUCACAGAACAGACACUAUGUUUUUGCUUCUUUUCUCCUCCCUUUUCUUUUUAUGUUUAAAGUAACUCUUCCAUACUAACUCAGGGAAUUUUCUACUCAUUAUUCGGUGCUGCUGGAUUGUACACUUAAUUUGGUAUAACUUGAGGGAGGGAGGUAGAGAGGGGAGAGACUAUGGAGUGGCUUUUCUUCAGGGCAUCUAUAUGCAGCAUACCAAAGGGAUAUGUUAGUGUUCACAGUAUGUAGAUGUGACCUACUGCCCUGCUGUGUGGUAUUGUGUAAUUGAAGAAAAAAGUUUCAGCUGAACUUGUACUGUAUCAGAACUACUACAGUGGCUGUGAUUCCUCUGUAUGCACAUGCUCAAACACACAUGCAUUGUUAACCCAUAGAAAGUAUCCUCCAGUUGUACUGACAGUAUCACUUGUACAAAAAAAGUACAGUUAAAUGCUUAUAGAAAUCCAUUUCUCUCAGGCUUUAUAGUGGAGGGAAAUUCUCAGGUAAUAGCAAGCAACUUUUUCUUCUACUAUUUAGGAGUUCCAGAAGAAAAUGCACAGACUUAUUCUUCUAAACGGGUGGAUCAAAAAUUAUUACAGAGUGAACUGCUUUAUCACAAUUAAGGUGCUAAUUCAUAACUAUGGAAUUACAUGUCUCUCCUGUGGAGUGGGUAGUCUAAGGGUAGAAAGCUUCGUUUGUCCAACUCUUGGAUGAAAAUGACAGUGGAGAUAUUAAUGGAGGAUUUUUUUUUUAUUUUUUUUUUUUAAUAGAAGAAGAUAUCUGACUUUCGCCCAUGGUACAACAUGAGAGGAAGAGAUAUGGAUGAAAGGACUCUUCCUGUUUCAAGUAUCUUUAUAGUAUGUGGGCUUAAGACAUUUUUAUUUGUUAUUUUGCCACCUUCUCCCCUGUUUUAGUGGCAGCAUUUAAAAUUGUGUACCAUCUAAUGAAGUACUGUGAAUAUUACAGAGACUGUUUUGAAAGCAUAGGCAAUUAAGAGACAUUAUCAAGAUGAAGACUUUUUCACAAGAGAGGGGGUCUUCCCAUAAUGUUUGGAAUAGAGGGAGGACAUCUGUGUUCAUUCUUCCUGGAGCUGAAUGAUAACAUGCUACAAAAAACUAUUGUUGAGGAGAAGAAAUCCUGUUUCUCUUGUUUUGUUGUGUGGUUGAUUUUCAGUUUUGGUUUUUGUUUUGUUUUUUUACAUAAAUCUCAAUUUUGUCAUGUGCUUUUGUAGCAUGUAUGUGCAAGUCAAGAGGAAUAGGAGGGUGAAUGAAGAGAUGACCCUUUGCUUUAUGCUAGCGAGACAACUUUGAAAUAGACAUAGUGUAGUCAGUUCUUAAUUAAAAUGCAAGUUGGUUUGGUUUUGUUGUUUUUUGUUGUUUUUUCCUCUCCUCUCUUCAUUUACUAGUGAAUAUUUCCCCAUGUCUAAGUGUAGUGUUAAGUAGAGGCUUUCCAUCUCAUAAGAUGCCAUGCUUUUUAUUCAGCGUUGCUACCAUUUUAAGAGGGAAAUGGACUUCUUUCUGCUGGUUUCAUUUUGUUGCAAUACUGUAUCCAAGUCCUCAGUGCUCUAACUACCUCUGAUGCUAUGAAUGUACAAUCUUGUAAUAGACCAUGACUUGAAAUAACAGCAGGUGCCUGUAGCAUUUUUUCCAUAAAAUCUGUAAAUCAGCUGAUUUAUCAUCUUUAUUCAUGACACAGCAGCAAACGCUUUUCUUUUUUGGGGUUAUUAGUACUUAUCCCAUAGGCAUUUGAUAUAUAAAAAUUUAACUAAUACUUAACACUGGAAUUAUAAUGGGCGGGGGGAUUAUUCAGCUAGUCAAUACUGCAAAUUUACAUUUAAUAGGGUAUUUUUUAUUUGACUAUUUUGAGACAUUAGGUCAACUGUAAAAAUAUCCACUACAUACUGGUUAAUUUAUUACUUAGUCUGUUUUUUUCUGACACUACCAUUGCGUAAUGACUACAGAGAAAAUGUACAUUGAACAGUUUCAAUGUUAUUUAAAGAGGCUUUAGCAGUGUACAUUAAAAACACACUGUUCUUACUACUAGAACCAAAAUGUGGUUUUUAUGGCAUAAAUGAGAAUGGUUCUCCUAAAUGCAAAAUGUCCAAAACAAUGGAAUGCUUGUGAGUGCUAUGCAUUCAACUUAUUUUUAAAAAUAAAACUAGUUUUGAAUAAGAA